GCUUCAGACGUCCUCGGUCAGGCAGUCAGUCUUUCGCUUUGCCCUUCACCUCCCAUCACUACCAAAAGAAACCCGCCAAAAGAAAGCACGCCGGCAGCCGUCCCUGCCUCUCUGUUUCGACUUGACCCGUGAAUUAGGCGAGUAUCUCUGGGAUUUCUUUGACUGAGUUGAGCCAGCAGUCGGGCGCAUCGGGGAAAUGCUUGAUGUGCUCCACCUGGUGCACCCCAGACAGCACCAGGAUCUUCUUGAUGUUGUAGCUGGCACCGGCAGCAAUGUCUGUGCUCAAGUUGUCGCCUGCAUCCAUCCAUCCAUCCAUCCAUCCACACAUCGACCCGUACGUGCAGGUGAAGCAGACGGGAUGUGAUGCCAGCUGUCCACCAAGCCAGCCACCUUUCCACCCACUUACGUACCGAUCAUGGCGAGGUUCUCCUUUUUCAGCGUGAGGUCGAGGCCCAUCUCGCCCAUCUGCUUCUGCAACAACUCGUGUCCUGCAUGCAGCGUGAAUCGAAUCGAUGAUUGCAGCCCGCAUCCAUGAGACACCAACCAACACACAGCACACAACCUACCGGCUGCCAUGAUAAACCUGUCGCCGAUAUUGCCGCCCUUGCCGACAUUGAAAACACGACCGUGGGAGUUGGGGUAGGUGGACUUCUGCAGGAAGGCCUCGAGGGCACCCGUGGAGUACAAGUGCUGUAUGACGGUCGGGAAAGCCUGACAGGGAUUGGAGCGCGGGUGAGAGGGGGCAAACACGGCCGAUGGAUGCAAUGCAUUGUCGCGUGUCUCGUGUGUACCGCCUGCUUUGCUGACCUUCUGAGUCUCAUGUGUGUCGAGGGUGUCGCAGUUGGCCACAAUGAGCUUGGCACUAUAUGAAGGAAGCCAAGGAAGGAGGAAGAGACAUGACAUGGGUGAGUGCUUCCUUCGUGGUCAAAGUCUCGAGUUCCCGUGUCUCUGCACGCACGCACCCGUUUAGGAGGAAUUUGUGCAUGUGUCGGUGUAUGCGACGUCCAGCAAUCUGAGCAAAGCACUGACUCUUUUUCAUGUUUGCUCUGAUGAAAUUGGUGGCCCUGCCCUUGUUUUCGGCCCUUGUUUGCCCUUGCACGCGUAUGUAUGUGACGAUGUACACGACAUCCAUCUGGGUGUGAGUGAGUGAGUGAGGGUGUUUGUCGGUCGGUCUGUGUGUCAGGUGGCUUGAGGCACAGAAAUUACCUGAGAAACAUUUGUACAUCGUCACAGCAUGUGGAGUGUGACGGCAGCACGACCACCGCUUCAGCCGUGCUCACCCACGAUCCAUCCAGCCAAGCACACACACAGGCUCGGUCCUACACUUCCUCAUCUUCCUCGUCACUACUCAAAGCCUCAUGCUCACUCUCAUUGACGUCCACGGCCGUGCACCCCUCCACACACCAUCCGCCUGGCCGACAACUCGCAAACCAGGAGCGCCAUCUCGUCCCUCCCCCACGCACUUCUCUCCGCUCAGGCACCUUCGGCAGGUCUUCCAGCUGCCCAGGGAGGAACCGGAUGCCACAUCCCUCCUUCCCAAGCAGAUCACGGCCGUCGCGACGCGCGACUGCGGGACGCCGGUGACGGGCGCCACUCCGUGGGCAGCGCAUCUCCAUCUUGAUCUGGAAAUGCGUGCCGACGCCGUCAUUCUUGAAGCCGUGCAGAAAGGCGCCCUCUCGGCAUUGGUCCAGCUCUUCACAGUGUCGGCCUUGAUGAGCGGCCCCAGGUCGAUCUCGACAGAGUCUUUCGACUUGCCCGGCGCGUCGCACCACUCCUUCCCCAGCACCCGCAUCAGUGUGUUGUUCCGUCGAUUCACCCACGGCUUCGUCGUGUCGAGUGCGUGGUGUAUAAACCUCCCCCUCCACCGCAGUCCGGCCGCAGUCACGUCGAGCCUGACGAAGGGGUAAUUGGUCGCGAACAGCUCACGGGCCUCUCUCGUGCUUGUCGAGUCGGUGGCCAAGCCGAACAGCCCGAUGACGUGUCGGCCGUAGGGGUACCUCGCGAGCUCUCUCUAACACACCAUCACCACAAGAGACAAACAUCACUGAUUGCAAGUUUGGCCCCUUGAGCACUUACGCGUUGUAAGUCGAAGCUGUCGUGGGUGUCUGGGGAGAUGGCCCACGCAUUGUGGUAGCGUGUCGGUGUGUCGGUAGACGAAUGCCGGCCCAGGAGGUGGCGGUCGUGAGGUGCUGGUGAGCAUGGACAAGGGCGGUUAUGAGGUGGGGGUGAAGGGGCCGCUGGUGGCGAGCUGUCCACGUGACGUGGGUGGGGUUGCGGAUCGGCUGGAGGGCUGGCAGAGUGCAUGUCGUUGAGCAGAUUAGUGGAGAGACCCUGGUAGCCUGCACAUACACACAUUGUUGCGUACAUGUGCGUAUGAAUGUGUAUGUGUGUGUGUAUGUGUGUGUGUGUGUGUGUGCCACUGGCUGCCUCGGUUGGGGUCAACUGGGUCCUCCCCGAUGUCGUUGGGAAAAGACGUGCAGAGGAACAGAUAGAAGAGGUCAGGGUACAUCUGAUGCGGGGUGGGACGCAACGUCAAUCCAUGCAGGUCCGUCCAGUCCGUGUCUUGCGUGUGUACGAAAAGACCUUAGCGCCGAGGCUCCACCAGUUGAGCUCGUCGAGAGAAAUAUGGGUGCCUGAAGGUUGGAGAGAUCCAGCCACAGAAAUACACCCGCCGGGUGUAUCUCGAUUGCAGGAGCCUGCUUACGGAUGUAGAGAGUGUCUAGCUUCUCCUUGGGGACGUACUGGUUGAUCUGCCUCACGCAGUUGUCCUUGGUUUUGCCAAAACUCUCCGAAUGAAUGACUGCCCAGAUAUGAGCGCCCUCGGGGAUCUACACGUUCACAUGCAUUGUCACCAGCAUCAUUUGCCGGCCGGCACCAGUCGCCUGUGCGUUCAUGUCAUGUGUGCGCCUCUCUUGCUUCCUCGUUGACGUAUUUGGCAAUGGCACUUGCUGGGGGAAGCGUGACAUAUACAGACACAGACACACAAACAGACACACAGACAGACGAACUGACCGACACAUCAGACUGGCUGACAGACUAACAGACUGACUGACACAAAACACAGAACACAGACACACACAUCAGACCCGCAGUAUAGACAUUAGAUUCGAUUCGCCCGGAGGGGGAUUGAGGCGGUAGGCAUCAGACUUAAACUUCGCGAUCACCCCUGCAGGAAUGAUUUGGUCCACACACAUUCUCAUGCGCCGGUUUUGUCCAUCCACUUGCCCCUUUUUCUGUCUCCGAAACAAGCCAGGGCCUACCUGCGCCGCCUUUGGCGGGAGUAUUGCUUAGAUACACGUACCCCUGCGCAAAGCGGGCACAGACAGACACACACACAUACGCAAGGCACGUCGCACGGUGCGGGGAAAGGAAAACUGACCGGCACUUCGCCAACCUACCUUCUUCUUCUGGAUGAGCCACGUGUGGAAGGACUGGGCCCCCUCGAUGAGAUGGCCUGCAUGCAUCACGAGGGAGCACUCGACAACGCAUAGUCUAUGAGUCGUCAACGUAUACGUACAGACGUACCUGGCACGUACAUCGUCCCAUCGAGAUCUAUGAGCCAGCCCUGAAAAGCCGCACACACCACAGGAAAUGCGACAAUGGUUGCAUGGCGGGCUGUCCUGAUGAACUGAUGUUGUGUCGCACGUUAAUCUGUUCCAGGUCCCCCCGCGUGCAUUUCUGAAUCGCGGCGGCCUCGUGGUGGUGGUGGUGGUGGUGGUGGUGAUGGUGGAUGUCGCAAGAUGAAGAACCCUCGCACGGAUCUUCAGAAGCCUGGAAGAACUCUGCCAACAUACAGAGGAGACAUGUCAUUUAUGUGCAUCGGUAACUGCCAGAUGAGAUCUCACCGUGCGCCCGAGGGCCUGCAAGAACAAACAACAAACGAGCGCAUUUGCGUUGCAGUUUGUAGCCGAAGGGCUGCCGUGGUGCACAUACCGAAGACGCCCGCCGGUAUGCCUUCUCCCUCAUCGAGGAUUGUACCAU